GAUCAACCAGCGGACGACGACAUCGCCUCACACUAAAAUAACAAAAAGUACGUUCAUCGGGUACUGGGGCUGACCGACACUGAUUGGCAAAAGGAUGUCUGACGCCGGAGAGGAAAUCAAAGUCGAAGAGGAGGCCGCCGUCGAGAUCACUACCGACGCCCCAAGGGGCGGCAAAAUGUCCGUCGAGGAAGCACUUCAGCAAGUCCUGAAGAACGCCCUCGUACACGAUGGCCUCGCCCGUGGUCUUCGCGAAUGUGCCAAGGCACUGGACAAACGUCAAGCUCACCUUUGCGUCCUCGUUGAAACUUGCACGGAAGCCGAAUACAUCAAGCUCAUCGAAGCUCUCUGCGCAGAACACAAGAUCAACUUGAUCAAAGUCGGUGACGCGAAGGUGCUUGGUACCUGGGCCGGUCUGUGCAAGAUCGACAAGGAGGGAAACCCGCGCAAGAUCGUUGGGUGUACUUGUGUUGUCGUUAAGGACUAUGGCGUUGAGAGUGAGGGUUUGCACGUUCUUUUGGACUACUUCAAGAAUCGUUAGG